AUGGAAAAUGUGCCAGGUGACAAUUGGCGCAAACACCGACGUGCAAUGCAUCUCUCAUUUCAUCCCACGGCCGCCGUUCAAUUUAAACCCCACAGCCUCCGCGCCUGCAGAAAUUUUCUCAACAGGCUGCUCGACAAACCGAACGACAUGGUUGCGGCUUUUCGAUAUAUGGCCGGUGAAACAAUCAUGUCCGUCGCCUAUGGGUUGAAUGUCCAGCCCAAAGACGAUCCCUACAUCGCAAUGGCAGAGCAAGGAGCGCAUACUCUUGAAGCUGCAGCGAUUCCUGGUGCUUUCCUUGUUGAUGACCUUCCGAUACUCAAAUACGUUCCGGACUGGUUCCCUGGUGCUGGCUUCAAGAGAAAAGCACAAGAAUGGAAGAAAAUUGCACGCAGGAUGAUCGAGAAACCAUUUGAGGCUGCCUUGCAUAACAUAGUCGCCGGCGCUGCUAUUCCCUCGUUCGUGUCUACAAGUCUCCAGAAGGUUCAAGAGGAUUCGAAAGAUGAUUGUUUGACCGAAGAGAUCAUCCAGGAUGUCGCUGCGACCUUGUAUGUUGCUGGCUCAGACACUACGGUCUCAGCACUCUCAUGGUGUAUUCUCGGGCUCCUCGAGCGACCAGAUGCCGUCAAGAAAGCUCAGGCCGACAUUGAUCGAGUCAUCAAGCCAGGGCAUCUUCCCGACUUUGACGACGAGCCCUCCUUACCCUACAUUACCGCCAUCGUAAAAGAGGCUUUACGAUGGAACGACGUUGUCCCGAUUUCUAUUCCGCAUCGCCUUGACGUCGAGGACGAAUACAAGGGAUAUCGCCUGCCUGCUGGCGCGGUUGUUGUUCCAAACGCAUGGGCUAUGCUGCAUGACGAAACUAUCUACCCGGACCCUUUCACUUUCAACCCAGACCGGUUUAUGAAAGAUGGCCAAUUGAAUCCUGAUGUUCGAGACCCUGAGCACGCUUGCUGGGGCUUUGGAAGGCGCAUUUGCCUCGGCCGUUACAUGGCCUUUUCCUCCGUGUGGAUUAACGUCGCCUCGAUUCUCGCAACUUUCGAUAUCUCGAAAGCGGUUGAUAUGGACGGCAAGGUGAUAGAACCUAGCCACGAAUAUACAUCCUCUCUCGUUCGGCUGCCCUUACCAUUCAAAUGUUCCAUGACUCCUCGCUCGAAGCAAGCGGAGGCCCUUAUCCGCUCCAGCACGAAUGAAGACGUCUUUUAG